GUUCGCCACGGCUUCGAUCAGGAGAUAUACGAAGAAGACCUUAUGCGCUUCUUAUAUUUUUCAGAGAAACGUCAUGAUACCAAUGCCACUCCCGCAUCAAGUACAGCAGCUACAACUACAACUACUACACAAAGUCUAUUGGUGGUGUGCUUAAAUAUAGGAACGGAUCCUCCGGACGUAGUCAAGACAAACCCUUGCGCAAAGUUUGAGUGUUGGAUUGACCCAACUCUACUCGUCCCACUAAAGUCACUCGAGGCAAUCGGAAAGAACCUACAUACCCAAUACGAGAAUAUCAACGGUCGAACUCGGUUCAAGCUGUCGCUGGACCCAUCUGUAGAGGAAACUAAGAAAGUAUGCUGCCAAAUGCGGCGAAAUGCAAAAGAAGAGCGCAUUCUCUUCCAUUACAACGGCCAUGGAGUACCAAAACCAACAGCCAGUGGUGAAAUCUGGGUAUUUAACCGCAAUUAUACCCAGUACAUUCCCGUGUCAUUGUUGGAUCUUCAACUGUGGCUGGGGUCACCAGUAAUCUAUGUCUGGGAUUGUUCAUCCGCAGGCAAUAUCAUCAACGCUUUUAAUCGCUUUGCCGAACAGCGUGAUACAGAAGCCAUGCGUCUGGCCGAACACAACCAAGGCAGUCUUCCUCUUUCUGCCUGGAGAGAUUGUAUUCAGCUUGCAGCCUGUGGUCCCACAGAAACCUUACCAAUGAACCCAGACCUUCCAGCUGACGUCUUUACAGCAUGUUUAACAACACCAAUCGAAAUGUCCUUACGCUGGGUAGUUAUGCGUAACCCUCUUCUAACCUCAAAUAUUACAAUGGAUAUGGUACUACGGUUACCCGGAAGAGCAACCGAGAGACGCACACCGCUUGGUGAACUUAAUUGGAUUUUCACAGCAGUUACGGAUACAAUUGCGUGGUGCGUACUCCAAGACAACCCAGAACUAUUCAAAAGGCUAUUCAGACAGGAUCUUACGGUCGCAUCUAUGUUCAGAAACUUUCUAUUGGCAGAGCGUAUUAUGCGCUCAUAUCAGUGCACACCCAUGUCCACACCAGGACUACCAGAAACCCAUGACCACCCAAUGUGGCAAUCGUGGGAUCUUGCAGUUGACAUGUGUCUCUUCCAACUCCCUGCUCUUCUUGCAGAAGAGGCUGGAGGACCAGCAUAUACAUACAACUCUAGCACCUUUUUUGCCGAACAGCUCACUGCGUUUGAAGUCUGGCUAUCUGAAGGGGCCGUUAACCCAAAGAUCCCAGAGCAAUUACCUAUUGUACUCCAAGUCUUGCUCAGUCAAGUACAUCGUCUACGUGCCCUUAUUCUUCUUAGUCGAUUUCUCGAUCUUGGUCCUUGGGCCGUUAAUGCCGCUCUGUCGGUUGGUAUAUUUCCUUAUGUGCUCAAACUACUCCAGAGUCCGGCCGCUGAAUUGAAGCCAGUUCUGGUGUUUAUCUGGGCUCGCAUUCUUGCAGUGGAUCGUUCAUGCCAAAAUGACCUCUUGAAAGACCAUGGAUAUGCUUACUUCAUUAACAUCUUGACCCCUAAUAACGCAAUGCUGAGUAUUCCCCAUGUAUCUGAGCAUCGAGCAAUGAGUGCAUUUAUUUUAUCUGUAUUUUGUACGAAUUUCAAAAUGGGACAACAGGCAUGUCUUCGCAGCAAUGUUAUCGCAGCAUGUUUGGCCCACGUGCGAGAUCCAGACUCACUUCUGAGACAAUGGAUUUGCCUGUGCUUGGCACAGGUUUGGAUGAACAACAGCGAAGCCAAGGCAGCGGCAGUAGCUGAAAACAGCCACGAAAAGCUGUGUGCCUUGUUGUCAGACAGUGUACCUGAAGUACGUGCUUCGGCCAUGUAUGCACUCGGUACCUUCCUUGGCGAUCCGAAUAAGACGGAGCAAAUUGUAAACAUUGAACACAACAUUGCCAUAUCUGCCCUUUCUGCUAUGUCUGAUGGCUCACCGAUCGUUCGCAAAGAAUUUGUCGUUGCACUUUCUCAUAUUGUUCACCAAGCAGGACCCGCCAAGUUCUUGGCAGCAGCUACCCAAACUAUCGAAGAAGAUCAAAACCAACGAGGCCUUCAUCUUGAUGAACGAGCCAAGGUACGCACGAGACCUGGAGACUGGCGCCCUAACGGAUCGGAAAAUCACUUUGGCACCACAAGCUAUGACUCAGUCUAUGCCGUGAUGUGGAAAGCACUUCUCAACCUUUCGGUUGAUCCACACCCAAGUGUUUCCAAAGCAGCCUCUAUUGUUGUUGACCAUAUUAAUGCUACUCUGCUAAAAACCACUCCUUUGGGUGAGUAUGCUUCCUUGGUUGUGCGAGAAAGUAUAGAACGUAGUGCAGAACAUGGUUCUCUUGAUCGCUCUCAAUCAUUCCAUCAUGACGAAAAAUCAUCCAGUAUAUCUCCCCAUCGUAGACCUGUCAAGCUUACACGCUCAGUGUCUUUUGCAUCCACCUUACGUACAAUAUACAACUUUGGUAAUUUGAGUACGGGUGGUCUUCACGACAAUAAUCCAUCCGGUUCACGCGAUACCCUGAGAGGCAGUAGUCCGCUUGCUCAACAUGCCAGUACUUUGCUCGGUGCCAAUUCUAAAGCUCAGGGAUCUGUUCGUCAAACUGGCUCAGAUAAAAAAGCUACAGAAAUAGAGCAUGGCCUGCCUUUAUCCUCAACUUUCUAUGAUUGGAGCUGUGAAUAUUUUACAGAACCACAAAUGCGUGCUGCUGAAUCAGACGAGCCUGGAAGUGUUGUGUAUAAUCAACGUAAAUGGCGUAGAUCUCGGAACGAAAUGAUUCUGGCAGAGUCGAAUGCAACCAAGGGCAGGGCUGGGACUAGCCGUUGGGAAGAGCAGAUUAUAUCUGUAUAUAAUGAGACUGAGGCAAAACUACUCUUGUUCCAUCAAUAUGAGUCACAUCUGGUAGCAGCAGAUGCCUACAACUGCAUGGUUGUGUGGGACUGGAAAACAGGUACUCCGUUGAGUGUCAUCGACAAUCAUAACCCAUUGAGCAGCCGUAUUACCGACAUAAAGUUCAUUAAUGAAGACGAUGUGGCUCUUUUGCUGACUGGAUCAGAUGAUGGUGUAGUUCGCCUCUAUAAAAACUAUGAUGGCAGUGAUCAGGAAGACGCUGUUUUAGUUAGCUCAUGGCGUGCUCUAAAGGAUAUGGAAAGAAGCAGCCUAAGACAGAGUGGGCUUGUGUGCGAGUGGCACCAAAGUAGAGGCAUACUUUUUACAGGUGGUGAUGCGCGUGUUAUUAAAGUAUGGGAUGCUAAUCAGGAAAUGCCAAUCAUGGAUAUUCCUACACAAUCCACUGCAUGCGUUACAUGCAUUACAAGUGAUCAAGUUAAUGGCAAUAUAAUUAUUGCUGGUUUUGGUGAUGGUCUGAUGGGUGUAUAUGAUCGUCGUUUGAAGGGAAAUGAGUCUAUGGUUCAACGAUGGGAUGAGCAUAAGGCAUGGAUAGCAGAUGUUCACCUUCAGCGAGAUGGCAAUCGUGAAUUAGUAUCUGGUGGUCUGGGAGGAGAUAUCAAAAUCUGGGAUAUUCGCCAGACUCAUUCUUUGAGAACUAUCGAUGCCCAUUCCAAUGUGGAUAUGAAUGCCUUGGCUGUACAUGAUCACAGCCAAGUAAUUGCCAGCGCUGGUGACGAUCAGAUCAUUAAGCUAUGGAAUAUGGAUGGCACACAACUUUCUUCUUUACGUUCGUCUUCUGGCUUCCUUGGCCAAAGAUGUGUCACACGCUCACUUGCGUUCCAUCCUAAUCUUAUGGUUCUGGCUACAGGCGGCGAUGAUGGUUAUAUUACGCUCUAUGGUGCAUAAGAGAGAGAGAGGGGGGGUAAUAUAUAUAUAUAUAUAUGUAAAGACCCUACCGAAAAAAAAAGAAGUGUAUUUCAAUAUUCCUUUUUAUUUUUAUGAGAGCUACACAACGCCACCUACCUAUAUUUCCUUUACUCUGGUUUAUUUCUUUACUUUAUAUGUUUUACUUGCAUUUUAUUUUACACUUAUAUAUCUUUACUUUUUCUCUUUUGUGGUAUCAAAC